ACUGCCGAACGCCUCCAACUCAGCAAUCUGUAAGCGUUAAUAUGGGAAAGCAAGUUAAAGGUGGCUAUUUAUUACGAUACACAAAAAAUUGGCUAUGGAAAUCAUGGCGAGAGGAAUGGGUAGUAUUAUACGAGGAUUCAACCUUAGCAUGGUUUAAAGAUAAAGGUACAAAAGAUCCACGCGGCUACUUACAAGUUAAUGAGGCACCAGAAUUAUUAGCAAAUAGCGAAUGGACAUUGAGAGUCCCAUGUCGACCUCAAUUACCACCUGAUUGUAAGAUCAGUCAAUUGAUUGCAGUUGGCACAAGACGCAGGCGUGGUAAAGUGCAUUGGCUACUUGCCCAAUCACAAGAUGAAGUCAAUGAUUGGAUGACUGCCAUUCGAAACACACUUCCACCUCCACCAAAAAUAACCUUUGAGACUGAUAAUAAAAAUCAAAUUAUUGCCAUUCAUAACGAUUCAUCAUAUUUUAGGAAUAAUAAAAACUCAUCAUCACAUUCUCGUCUACUAAACGUAAUUUCACCACAGCCACCAUCAGAAUCAAGUCUACCUAGUUACGAACGAAUACAACCAGUUAACCAUAAGACAUCAACGUCAACGACACGAAUUACAAGUCCUGAACCGCCUCCUUUACCUCCAUUGCAUACACAUCCACUCUUACAACAAAAGCACAAUUCAGUUACCCCAAAACAUCAUCUGCAGCAUGGCUCAAUUAUAAACAGUAAUAGCAGCAGGAUAUCGUCCACAUCAACUUCAUCAUCAAUUAACAAUGAAAAUCAUUCUCAGCCACGUAAUGCCCAACAUCUGGAUGAUUAUGCAAGUGGCUUAAUAAUGGGCGGUACAAUCUUUAAUUGGGGUCAUGGUUUAGGAUGGACUACAGGUGCAUUCUCUACGAAUGGUAUGAUGACAACAGGAUGUUAUGAUUUAACUACUGCAGCAGGAUCUGCAGGUGUAUAUGCUACAGAUAUGAGUGCUAGUGUUGGGCACCAUCCACAUUUGCCAACAACUACGUCGCAUAUUCCUGAAGACUGUACUGGAUUCGAUGAUUAUAAUAUGGAUUGUGCUUUGGAUUUUUCAUUUUAA